ACGCGCGUAACAAAACGAACGUGAAUCUAAACAAAAACAAGAGAAAACAAAGUCAUACGAGUCACACGGUUCGGGGUGCGGGUCUCUACUCUUCUCUAUCACUUUGCCUACCCACUAAGAAAAAUCGAUCCUUUCUUCUCUCCCAUACUCUUCUCUUCUGCAUCUCGGCAUCAUGUUCCUUCAUUCAAUGUGCUGUUUCUGAAAUAAUGAGGGGUAGUUGAACAUUCAAACAUUCAAACAACCCAUACCUGAUUUUUAUGUAUGGUCUGUCAGGAUAACGUUGGACAGAUCGGUGACUUUAGGAGUUAAUCCACUUAUUGUUUGGGGUUUUGUUAUAGAAUUUGAUCGUGUAAAAUUGCAUCUGGCAAUAGGUUGUUGAGGAGUGCACCUUGUUUGUUUACGCAAAUAUUUUAAAGCUUUUCUAGGGGCUUUUUGUAGUUUGGGGACAUAAUUUGUAGCUUUGGUUGGCCAUCUGUUGUGUAUUAUUGAUUCUCCAAGAUGUCAAAAUUUGAGGGUGUUAUUGUCUCCGAUCAAUGGCUUCAAAGCCAGUUUACGCAGGUUGAACUUCGCAGCCUGAAAUCAAAAUUUGUCUCUUUAAAGAAUCAGAAUGGAAAUGUUACGUUUGGAGAUUUGCCACCUUUAAUGGUGCAGCUAAAGGCAUUCAGAGAUAUGUACGGUGAGGAUGAGAUUAGGGGGAUCUUGGGUGAGUCAGGCACUGACUUUACCAAUGAUGUUGAUUUUGAAGGCUUCUUAAGGGCAUAUUUGAAUUUGCAAAGCCAAGCUAUAGCAAAACAAGGUGGCAGGAAGCACUCAUCAUCAUUCCUCAAGGAAACUGUAACCACCCUUCUUCAUACGAUCAGUGAAUCCGAAAAAGCCUGCUAUGUCACCCACAUAAACAGCUACCUUGGCGAUGAUCCCUUUUUGCAGCAAUAUCUUCCAUUGGACCCAGCUACAAACGAUAUAUUUGAUCUUGCAAAAGAUGGCGUUCUUCUGUGUAAGCUCAUAAAUGUUGCUGUGCCUGGGACCAUAGAUGACCGAGCCAUCAAUGCCAAACGAAAUCCUACUCUUUGGGAGAGAAAUGAGAACCAUACUCUGUGCCUCAAUUCUGCCAAGGCUAUUGGCUGCACGGUGGUUAACAUUGGUACACAAGACUUAGUUGAAGGAAGACCUCAUCUUGUUCUAGGGUUGAUUUCCCAGAUCAUAAAGAUUCAACUGCUGGCAGAUCUCAACCUUAAGAAGACACCUCAACUUGUGGAAUUGGUUGAUGACAGCCAGGAGAUUGAAGAGCUUCUUAAUUUGUCUCCUGAAAAGGUUCUACUAAAAUGGAUGAACUUUCAUCUCCAAAGAGGAGGUUACCAGAAAACUGUCAAAAAUUUUUCUUCUGAUGUUAAGGAUGGAGAGGCUUAUGCUUAUCUGCUUAAUGUCCUUGCCCCUGAACAUUGUAGUCCAGCCACCUUGGAUACUAAGGAUGUAAAUGAUAGGGCAAAUCUGGUUCUUGAUCAUGCAGAGAGAAUGGGUUGCAAAAGAUACCUGACUUCAAGGGACAUUGCAGAGGGUACCUCAAAUUUGAAUCUUGCAUUUGUCGCACAAUUGUUUCAUCACAGGAGUGGUCUAUCUACAGACACUAAAAAAAUAUCAUAUGCUGAGAUGAUGACGGAUGAUGUGCAAACAUCUAGAGAAGAGAGAUGCUUCCGGCUGUGGAUCAAUAGCCUUGGAAUUUCUACUUACGUAAAUAAUCUGUUUGAGGAUGUCAAAAAUGGAUGGAUACUUUUAGAAGUGCUAGACAAGAUUUUUCCAGGAUCAGUUAACUGGAAACAGGCAACUAGACCUCCAAUUAAAAUGCCAUUCAGAAAAGUAGAGAACUGCAAUCAGGUCAUAAAAAUUGGUAAAGAGCUGAGAUUCUCACUAGUCAAUGUUGCUGGCAAUGACAUUGUGCAAGGAAAUAAGAAGCUUGUUCUUGCUUUACUGUGGCAGCUGAUGAGAUUCACAAUUCUUCAACUGUUGAAAAAUUUGAGAAAUCAUUCCCAAGGAAAGGAGAUCAGUGAUGCUGAUAUCCUGAAAUGGGCAAACAGAAAAGUGAAGAGCACUGGCAGAACUUCUCACAUAGAGAGUUUCAAGGACAAGAGCUUAUCAAGUGGACUCUUUUUCCUUGAGCUUCUGAGUGCUGUUGAGCCAAGGGUUGUCAAUUGGAACCUUGUCACUAAGGGUGAAAGUGAUGAUGAGAAGAAGUUGAAUGCCACCUAUAUAAUCAGUGUUGCGCGAAAGCUUGGUUGUUCCAUCUUUUUGUUACCUGAGGACAUUAUGGAGGUAAAUCAGAAGAUGAUUCUCACUCUUGCAGCCAGUUUAAUGUAUUGGAGCCUACAACAGACUGAAGAUUCAGAUUCACUUCCUUCACCUGCUGACACUGCUACUACCACCACGCCGGAAGCAUCCCCAGCACCUUCGGUUUGUGGCGAAGAUGAAAGUUCCUCCCUCGGUGGUGAAUUCUCCAACUUGAGUGUUGAUGAUGCUACCUCUGACACAACAGCCUCUUCUUCACAACUUGAGUCUGAUGGAAUUCCUGCAGGAGAUGAGCUGUUGUGAGUGUAAUUUGCAUUUUGCAAAGCUUUCAUGGCAUGAGAUGAGUCUCAAGUGUUUUUGUUAGAGCAUAUAAUACAGCAAAGCUUAAGAAUCACCUCCACCAAAAUCUCAACCUUCAAAAAAGUUACCAAUGUAAACCUAUAGAAUAGAUGUGAAUAGUUUGUACAAAAAUAUCUUGUUCUUUGGCUUAAUGAGAGGGAACAAAAUAAAAGCUUAAGAGGGGUAGAAAGAAAUGAGAGAGAUCAAUAAGGGGGAUUCACACAACUUGUCCCUUAUUACCGGAUUAUUCUUUUUAAGAAGGUUCCAUUGCAACUCUAGUUGUAUUUUCUCAUUCAUUAUGUUACCAUGGCAACCCACAAUUAUGAC